GCGGCCUCUUACUCUCUGUCCUUCUCACCUUUUUGCAUGUGUAGUUACAGUGCAAUCCUCCACAAAACACUGAGUUCAAGUGUUUACAGGCUGUGGAGGACAGCAGCUGCAGGGAAAGACGUCGACAACAGAAACCUGUAACAGACAAAGAAGGUCAGCUGUGCCCUUCAUUGACUCACAAUGAAACCGGCAUUAGUCCUUCUUCUUUGCACAGUCUGGACUUUCUCUGGAGCUCAGUACUACUACCAGGGGCUGAUGGAUUAUCUGGAGAACAGAUUGCUGGCGAUUGAGGAUCGCAUGCACUUGUGGCAUGAACAAACCCAUCGUUAUCACACAGAGCUGCAGGAUUUCAAAAAACUAUCUGCUGAAGCUGUGGAUGCACUGGGAAAGGAGCACGCCAUGCUGUUCAAGGACCUGGAAGGAGCUGUGGUCAAAGUGGAUCGCGUGGAGCGGGAAAUGGACUACGUGGAGACCCAAACCUCCCCUCGAGCCUGUGUAAAUAAAGCAGACAAGGUGGUGGAGCAGGGAGAAUGGAGCCUGAAGGAGAGCAGAGGAGAGGAAGAGGAGGAAGAAGACUGGGAGGAGUUGUACUCCAGAGUCUCUGACUGUGUGGAAAUCAUUGCUGGCAUCCGAUCAGUGAAGAUCCUGAAGAGAGUAGGAAGUCCAAAAGGCAUGUGGACAAGAGAUCCCAGAUCAUCCAAAGUGUAUGUCUUUAAUGGGACGUCAGGAGACACUGUCUUCCAGUUCAACUCUGUGCGUGACUUUUCCAACUCCUCUGGAGUUACAGGCAGCAGACAGAUUAAACUUCCUGAUGACUGGAGGGGUCCUGGAAGUGCUGUUUAUAACGACCACUUGUACUACAUAAAACAUGAGGCUGACGCAGAAGUACAGGUAGUUAAAUAUGACCUCAUGAGUGGGUCGGUGACAGACAUUGCCAUGUUUCCAUUGGAUAAUCUUGCUACUGUCUACAGCCUUAACCCAGAGAUUAUUGCAGACCUUGCAGCAGAUGACGAAGGCCUCUGGCUCUUGUAUGCCUCCAGUGACAAUGAACCCAACAUCAACCUUGCAAAGAUGGACCCUGCCACUCUUGAUAUAGAACAAAUCUGGGACACCCGGUGCCCACGGGAAAAUGCAGAGGCGGCUUUUGUUGUCUGUGGGACUAUCUAUGUUGUUUACAACACCCGCCUGGCCAGCCGCUCUCGGGUUCAAUGUGUAUUUGAUGUCAAUGACAUGGUAAUAAGCCAGGAGGCUCCCCUGAUCUACUUCCCCAGGAGGUAUGGAGCCCACGCUAGCCUGAAAUACAACCCAGAGGAGAGACAGUUAUAUGGCUGGGAUGAUGGCUACCAAAUCAUUUACAGACUAACCAUGAAGAGGAAACUGCUGGUUUGAAAGCAGCUGAGUACCCAAUUUCAAAGGUGACGAUAAAGAAUACAGAACAUUUUUAAGUACCCUUGUAGGCUGCUCAUUUCACAGGUAGUAGCAUCUUUAUUCAUGUUGGAUUGAAAAGGAUAGUUUGGCAAGGAAUCAAGAAUGCAAAUUGUGUGCAUUUCCAUAAAAUGAUGUGGAGUUUAUAAUCUGAACUUAAUUGUGUUGCUAAGAGUUGGAGACAAAAACUGUGUCAUAUAUGGCUCUAAUGACCAGAGUAGAAGAAGUAGAGUAUUCUGUUUUCAGUUUAAAAUGACUGUGAUGUCUUUUUUCAUGCAUAAUUUAACCCCUGUCAUCACUAAUGUGCAAUAUUUUACAAAACAGAUCGUUUUCUCUACAUCUGGGUUCCCAUCCACAUAAAAAAUGACGUUUUAAGUCACAAAAUGGGAGAUUUUUAUAAUUGCUCUCCAAAGAGAAAAAAAAUACCCCCUCUGCCUUGUGUGUAUGUAUGUGGAUUGGGAAAACAGAGAGAACUGAAACAUCAAAUAAAAAGUCUAUAAGUCACUUGCAGUAGAUCACGGUAAUGAUGGAUACCUUUGUGAGAGACCAGACCAGCAUUAGUUUCCUCAUCAAUUCACAGGAAUAUAGGGAAGAUGCCACAAAUACCUGAUCAGUCACAUAAGCCAAGUGUUUCAGACUUUAACUGAAAAAGUCGUUUCCAUUUCCUUUAUGGAUUUACUCCUUUGUGGAAAAAAAGGUAAAAAAAAAAAAAAAAAAAAUCAACCCGAGGAAGUGAAAAACCUGUUCUGAGAAAGUCUGGAAGUUCUUGUAAAACCUCUUCCAAAGUAAAAUUUUAAAAUGUCCAUUAAAUACAAAUGAAUGAAGAUAGAACCAAGAAGAUUUAAUUCAGCAAAACCAAAGAACUGAAAGUUAAUAUCUUAUUCCUCUGCAACAGAAUCCUGCAGAAACUUUUCCAUCACUUUGAACUGAAAUUUAAUCUAAACAGCGUUACAGUUUUGUUUUUUUUCUAAUCAGACAAUUUAUAUGCAUAAGAAGCAAAAAGCGAAUUGUUUAUUUAUGGCAAUGUGAGUAUAGAAGCACCAUUUCCCAGUUUUGCCUCUUUACUGUUUGUCAUGAAUAUGGACUGGAAAUGAAGAGAAAACUAACUUAUGUUUCUCACUAAGUGGGAUUUGAUGCAGCUUAUCAUAUUCCUGGAAACGUAAUUCUAAUUAUGCAUGUCAACACCAUGCAAAUUGACAUGCUAGUAGAAAAUGUGAAAAAAAAGUUGUGGAGCUGUUACCAGGCAACCAAUAAAGAUAUUCAGUGUUCCCCUUAUGUUAAUGUUUGUGUACUAAUUGAAUUAAGAUACCACAUUAAGUUUCAUAGUGCUGGUUUUUAUAUUGUUGAACUAAUUCUAAUUCUGGGUUUGUUUGUUUGUUUUUUGCAGUUUUUACACUAAGGUGGGCAAAGACAAGCCAAUUAUUUAUAUCUUGGGCUGAUGUGGGGCAUCGAUCUCAUUAUGUAACUCACAGCAAGAAAGCGAACAUGGUUAUUCCACCAAUUUCAACUAUGUCUUGAUGCAGUGCACAUAAAUUUACCGGCAAACUAUUUAUUUACAGAUCUCUUCGGUGUGGAAUAGGCGACAAAGGGGGAAAAAAAAAAAAAAACACGAAAAUGCCAUUGAGUUUAUUAGAGGCUGUCGAGUUGUACUGUUACUGUUAGGCCUGUGUGUUGUGUUUAUGUGCGUCCUGUCCUCAUUUAAUUUGACCAUUUGAUUCAGACAAAAUCUCUUUUCUUCUGUGUUUUCUCCCCCUUGUUAAGCCACUUUCUGUGCUGUCAUUAUGAGGCGUGUUGCUACAAAACCAACAGUGCAGAGACAGUUUUGCAUAAGUCUUUUAAUCAAAAAUAAACAAAUAGAUAAAUAAAUGAAUGGAAAUAAAAAUCAUAUCACAAAACACAUCAAGUUCCCACGGGGGGAAGAAAAACAACAAAAUCUUAUCUGCUAUGGAUUUUCAGACGUACUCAGACAAAGAAAAGACAAUCUGUGUUGCAAAUAUUGUGUGCUACUUCAACUUACUUUAGUACACACUGUAGUCAUAUUACAAGUCUUCAUAAAUAUCCAAGAUUUUAAAUGGAAAUCAUAUCGUACUCUGUCUGAACUUACAUUUUCUCAUAUGUAUCUAUUAUUACAAUACAAAAUGUUCCAUAGAAAAUUGUAAAUUCAGUGCUAUCAUGACAUUUAGGUGGGGGGGGGGGGGGGGGGGGACAAGAUCAGAUCAUGAAACGUUACAAUAUUAGGCAAAGCUAGAAGGGCUCGAACAGUCCAUAAACCAAGGCAAUUGAUUGAACAGAUUUUUAUUUACUAUGAAAACACACCACACUGUCAGAGAAAUAGAAGACCAUAAUAAAGCACAUGGUUUAAAAAAGGAUGAACAAAAGCUACGUCAUUAUUCAACCACUUCUUUUUCAAUUUUACACUUAAAUAAGAUAUUACGAAUAUAUGAUUAAUGCCAUUAGUCUAGAGAGGAAUUUCACCAUUAUAACGACAGCGUCAAUGAGAGUUAUAUUCAAACCAUCACGUUUGUGGAGAGAUCGUAAUGCUAUGGUGGAUUACGUCAAGCACGAACAAUAAUGCACUGAUUCAUUCUCAGUAUAACAAGUGCCAAUUAGAGAAAUGCCACUGCUGUGUAGAUGUUGACCUGUUCACUCGUCAUACUGCCCCCGUGCUGUCGUCUCAGAUGCAUCAGUGUAAACUUACCCGAGACCCUAAAAUGGCUAAACCAGAUCCUACUGGGUCUGCUGAAUGCAUCUGCUCAUGUUUUGAUGCCUUGCCCCCAGUUUACAAUGACAUAUUCACAUACUCUAUGAUAUAUUGUGUCUUUUUUUUUUCUUUCUGCAUCUGAGGAGACUUGCCUCUGUAUUAUUUGUCCAGAGAUUCUUCAGUGUCCUCUGCUUCUGAAUGAGGCACCAACAGUCUAGACAUGUCCAGGCCAGUGCCAAAAGCCUUGCAACAUAUCAGAUUAAAGUUGGCUGCUGGUCAGAUAAUAAUAAAAAAUAAAUAAAUAAAUAAAAAAUCGGAUGCUAUUUAAUAAAUGGUGCUCAUAUCGAAAAGACUGUACACACUCCCGAAUAUAAUCUAUCACUGUUUCCUACUUGAUAUCGCUUUAACUGUGUGGCUUAACAUUUCCUGGCCUGAAUGAACUGAUUGUAUCUGUGCUUUCCAAUUACAGCAAAGUUACUACUUUUGCAGAGUAAUCCUGAAGCUGCAAGAAAAGUAAAUAUAUAGAACCUACGCUAUGUAGUAUUUUUUUUUUUUCUCUUAUAAAUACUGAUGCAGUAUUUAUAACUUGCAUCUGGACAUUUAAGGAAUCAAUUACAGGACAGAACCUUACAGAUUUUUUUUUUUUCUGCAUUAUUUAUCUUUAAUGUGACUGUGUUAGCAAAUAACAUGAACUCACUAAA